AUCUUUUCUCACCGACAGACUCCCCCCUCGUUGAACCCCGCCCACCUCUACCUACAACCAAUGAGCAGCCCCUCGCUCAUACGUGGAAACGGGGGGGACUGAAAGGCAAACGCUCCGAGGGGAGAGAGUAGAGGAGCGACCCGCGACCCGCACGGCUUGUUGUUUUUCCCCGUGCGCUAUUUGUUUUGCACUUCCGUGAGCACGAGGACUGCUAGAUGACCCAGCGCGGUCCCGCGAAAGAGGGCUCUCGGAACUUGUGCCGUCUUCGCAUCGGUGGGGGCCAGUUGAGAUCCGCUGCGGCGGAGAGGACAGCGGAGCCGGAGGGAAGCACCGCGAUGGAAUGAUCCGCUGCAGAAACUCUCCUCAACUUGUGGAGAACUUUUCCUUCUGCGUCCUUUUUUUUUUUUGACCACCGUGAGGAGUUCAAGGACUUCACUCCACCCUCCCCGGUCAUGAGCGGACAGCGGGAGCUUGUCGCGCAGGAGCCCGGCUCGAACGGAUCAACGCUGACGGCUUUUAUGGAGCCGGAAUUACACCGCGCUGUGGCAACCUGUUGAACGCCCCCCACGCGCACUCACACACACCAUCUGCCUGGGAAUAUACUCCUCUGGUUAGGAAGCGGUGAAGAAAGUCAUCAUUGUUGUUGGCUGUUGUUGUAUAUGAGAGUGCGGUGAGCGGCGCCCCUUUCCCCGCAGCCACACCAAUGGCGACCCCCGGCGCCGCGGCGCGCCGCGCCCGUCGCUCCGCGCUGCCCCUCGGCUGCGCGCUGCUGCUGCUCCUCCUCGGCUGCCUCGCCGCGGCCUCUCCGCCCCACGGCCGCCGGCUCAUCUGCUGGAAGGCCAUCAUGAACUGCCAGGCCGAGCCCGAGUGCAACUACGCGUACGAGCACUACGUGCGCGCGUGCGGCCCGGUGCUGAACGGCGAGCGCAGGAAGUGCCCGAGCCACUGCAUAUCGUCCCUGGUGCAGCUCAACAUGACCAAGAGCGGCCCGGCGCUAGAGGACUGCAGCUGCGCCCACGACCCGCUGUGCACCAGCACCAAGCGGGCCAUCGAGCCCUGCCUGCCCAGGACCACCAGCACCGGCUGCACGGAGGCCCGGCGCCAGUGCGAGCGCGACGGCCAGUGCAGCUCCGCGAUGCACGACUACCUGAAGCACUGCGGGAAGCUGUUCAGCGGCGCCAUCUGCACCAACGCCUGCCGCGCCGUGAUCGCGAACAUGCGCAAGAUCCCCAAGGGCCAGCAGCUGGACGCGUGCACGUGCGACGGCACGGAGCGUGCCAUCUGCGAGUACGUGAAGAGGAGCAUGAAGGAGCUGUGCUUCGACUCGCCCGCCCGGGGGGACGAGGGCAGCGGCUCGGACAACGACCGGGAGGAGGACUACGAGGACUACACGGAGGAGCCGGAGAGCGGAGGCGCUCCUCCGGCGACCCGCGGCGCUUUGACCCUGCUGGCCUCCAUUUUGGCUCUACUUGCUCUUGUUUAAUCACACUUUGGUUUAGGCUAAACUCUGUCCCCGCUGCACAGAUUAAGCGGACUCGAGGAGGGGGGCACGCGUGUUUUGUUCGGACUAAGAGUCUUCCAGAGGCUGCGGGACGUCUGUCGGUCCCCCGGGCGUCUCUGUCCUCCCUGUCCUCAAACCCCACAUCUGCUGAUGUGAUGAGCCAGAUCGCCUCCUGAAGUCGUCGCCAUGGAGACGCCGCCGGGCUUGUUUUGGUAGAAACCAUUGAUCAGCUGUGCACUGCCAAUCUCCCUGUUUUUUUUUUUUUUUUGUAAAGAUAUGAACUAUUUUUCUAUGACGCCAGUUGCCGUUUUUGUUGGGCACCAGUCUAAUCUGAUUUACAGAUAUUUAAUGAUGAAAUCCUAUGAACUGUGUGUAGCUGUAAAUAGACGCAGGAGUUUAAAAAGUGAAAUAGUAAUUUAUUACAAGCCACCCAAAUGUCCUCCGUGUGAAUAACAAGUAUUCCAGCUUUAAAGGGAACCUACCUUAUAUUCUCUUCAAAGAUAAUGUGCAUUGUGUAUAUAUGUGUAUAGCCUAUAUAGAUUUUUUUGUUCCCACCCAGAGAAUCCUCUAUGUUUUUGGCUUUAUUCACCGUGUACAGCCUAGAGAAAGACACGUCUAAAUCCACUGUAUGAUUUGCCUUAACGAUAUACUUUUAUAGGAGGCAUAAAGGAAACUUGAAGAUAUC